AUGUCUCACAAAUUGGGCGAUCCUAUUAGUGACGAUUCAGCUGAUGAGAAUUCACAGAUUCGCGGAUUGGAAGAGGAUAAGGGAAUUUACCACAAUCCUGAGGUUUUCGCAUCUCCGAGAGAUGAAGAAGAUGACAUACUGAGAAGCUCGAAUGAAGGGAAAGACGACGGAAAUCUUGGAAAAACAUUAGAAGAUCGGAUGCAGGAUGAAGAGAGUGAAGGAAAUCAAGAAGGAAGAGGGGAAUUUCAAUCCAAUAGUCAUCCAGCCGAAUACCCAGCUGGCCCACCACCAGCCUACGAGGAAACCUCAUUGCAACAAAAAGCACCACCAACAGCGGCUAGUACAGAAUCAAAUCGAAUCAAGACUCCAACUUCUCUCACCGGAAUGCUUCUUGGAAACAUUGCUCGUCCAUUUGAGAAGAUGGCAAUGGGGAGCAAAGGAGGAAAUCAUUCCGAUGAAGAAGACGAUGAUGAUGAAUACGAUGAUAUGGAUAUUCCUGUUAAUGUGAAAAAGAAGAGCAAGUACAACAAUGGAAAAUACCAGUUUACUGAUGAGGAAAUCGAGCUUUUAGAGAUGAUGGAUGAAUAUCAAGCAGAGGAGAUCGGUAUUGAACCAGCGUUGAAACCGUUUCUUCUCGAGUUCCAACCGGCUGUUGGCGAUGUCGACUCGUUUAUCAAAGUACCUAGACCGGAUGAGGUCGAAGACAACAUUGGUCUCACUCAAUUAGAUGAGCCAGCCAUUAAACAAUCCGAUCCAACCAUAUUAGAUAUGCAACUACGACAUACUACAAAAGAGUUCUCCUCCAAUCAAGAUACCCCAGUGAAACGAGUGCAUCGAGCUGAUCGAAAUGUUGAAUUGAUCGAGAAAUGGAUUGAUGAUAUAAAGGAUCUUCGACGCUCCAAACCAGCCGCCAGUGUUCACUACACGAAACCAUUGCCCGACGUUGAGAAAUUAAUGCAAGAAUGGCCAGCUGAUUUUGAGAAAGGAUUACCUGGGAUACAGUUACCCACUGCCGAGCUAGACGUCGAUCUGCCGACUUUCGCCGAUCUAUGUCUCAAUCUAGUUGAUAUUCCUGUUCACAAAUCUCGUAUUCAAUCACUUCAUCUUCUUUUUUCGCUUUAUUCUGAAUUCAAGAAUUCACAACAUUUUCGCAAUUUAGCGCAAAAUGCUGAGCCGAUGGCUUUCAAAGAGAAUACAGAUCGGUUAGAGUUG